AUGGGCAUCAUCCGCAAGGCCGCCGCUGGAGUGACUGUUGGCACAGCUGCAGCGCUAGGCUAUCUCCACCUGGCAACAAGCAUCAUCACACCGAUUCCUCUCAGUGACGCGCUGUACAGCUCCAGCUCGUACAAGAAGUAUAAUCCGCAUCAAAACGCAGCUACCAACGACAUCUGCGUCAAGACCAUACCUCUGAGUCGCAUACGUCCAGAAUUGCUACAAAAGGAGGGAGAUUUAGCCUUGGAGCUCUGCCGUGGCGUGUGGCAUGGCUGGGGCUAUGCGAUACAACGACAGUACUUGCAUCGUAAAUGGUACGGCCCCGAGACGUCCUCGCAGCUAUGGACGCGAGACCAACUCGCCGCCUCAACGUAUGACGUCGGAACAGUUGUGACAGACCACUUUGAAGUUGUUGAUCGCACGCCGAGUGAAAUUUUAGUCCGCGCUGGCGACUCUCCUCGCGAACAGGGUGGACGGCCCGCAGAUGGUUUGUUCGCCAUUGGCGCCGUUGUUGACCACGAUGCUCAAGUGGCGCGACUGACUCUAAAGAGCUGUCUUUUCCCUAGCCACUGCAAGGUAGAAAGUGACAAGGGACCGAUGCCCAUGCCUGUGGAAAUUUUGCACCAGUGGUACUCACGCAUUUUGUUGGUCAGCGCGGCUUCUCGAUUGACACGUUGA